AUGAUUUAAAAAUAAGUUAUAUAUCUCUUAGUGUUGGUUAUUUUGGGUAAUACCCUUACAGUUGAUACAACAGUGCAUUGCGAUUGCAGUGAAUUAAGAUCAUAAGACUGUUAAUUAAGUUAAUACUGUUAUUGGAAUGAUAAUUAUUGUGAAUCUUAUCCAAAUAAAUGUGCGAUAUUUACAACUCAAUCUAAAUGUACUCCAACUCUAACAAAUUACUUAUGCAAAUGGGAUGAUAACUCUUGCGUAUCCCAUUUCUAUAAAUGUGAUGAAUUCUCAUCAAGCUCAGACUGCCCAUGUUACUGGAACUUGGAUAAUGAGUGUGCUGAAUUCAAAGGAUGCUCAAACUAUGAUGAGGAAAACUGUCCUGCUUCUUAAGGAUGUGUAUACAAAGUAAGUGAAUGUCAAGCAGAAGACUAUGUUACUUGUUCUGAUCAGACCUCAGCAACUUGUAGUGGUAAAGAAGGAAUGUAUACAGGCUGUGCUGUUAAUAAUGAUAAGGAAUGUGACUCAUACUCUCUAUUUGCUUAGUGUUCUGAUUUAAAUAAUUUCAAAACUAAAUGCGAAGAAUUUGGAUGUAAAUUUGAAAAUAAUGAGUGUUAAUUAAUUGAAUGUAAAGAUUUGAGUGUUGAAAAUUGCACUAGUGUUGAUGUUGAUACAGAAACAAAAAAGCUAUGUACAGUUUAGCAAUAAAAAUGCGUUGAGGCUUAAGACACAACCAAUUUAAAUAUUGAUUCUUGUUACAUAUCUACUAAUGGAAAUUAUAAAUGGGUUGGAAGUUGUGUUUAAUGUGAAUCAUUAGUGUAUUCGAAUUUGCUAACUUAUAUCAGUUUAUUUUUAGUAGCUUAUCUAUGA